AUGAUAAUUAAUAGUAUAAAGCAUAGCAAAAAAUUUAUAAAAAAUUAUUGCUUACUAUAUAAUAAUAAUAAUAAUAAUCAUUUACGACAUAUUACUACCUUUACAAAUCAGAAUCGUUCAAUUAAUAAAUUAAUUACUAAUGAUAAAAUAUCCAAUAAAUAUGAAUUAAAUAAAAGAGAAUAUUCAAUAAACCCAAAUGAAAUAAAAGAUUAUAUUAGCGAUUUAAAAGAAGAUUUAAUUGAAAAGUUUGGAAAGUUCGAUAGGGAUAAAGUUGAUAGAGAAUAUAUCUUAAAUAAAGAAGAUAUUAAUUAUUAUUUGGACCAGAUCCCAAAUAACGAAAGCAAAAAGUUAAAGAAUAUUUCACCUCCAUUAGCACAACCAAAAGAAUAUCAAUUUGAAAUUCAUAAUACAGUUAUAGAGGAUCCAUACCAUUGGCUUCAAAAUUUUAAUGACCCAAAUGUGCAAGAAUACAUCCACCAAGAGAACAACUAUGCAGAAUCUUACCAAAAUAUUCACUUAAAAAAAUUAUCAAGAAAAAUAAGAACAAUAUAUAAAAGAGUUUUUGUAGAUCAUCCAAUUGACUCGGAAAUCAUUAAUGGUCAUAAAUUCAUUGUUAAAAAUAAAACAUUAUAUAGACAAAGAAUAUCAGAUGGUAGAACUCAACGUUUAUUAAUAGAUGGGGAUAGUAUUGGUAGUGGGUAUACUAUCCUUUUAAAGGAUGUUAUAUCUUUCAAGUUCUCCGAAGAUGAUGGAUUAUUUGCCUUUGUAAUGGAGGUUGAUAGUAGUGAAAAAAAGAUUUGUGUAGUUAAGAAGUUAUCAGAAUACCACUCACCCCUAUUAGAUAUCAUCGAAAAUGUAACCUCAAUAGAAUGGGGUAAAGAAAAUGAUCUAUACUAUACACAACCUGACGAAAAAAGCCAUAGACCACAUAAAUUAUUUAAAAAAUUAAUAUUUGGUAGCGCAUUUUUAAAUGAUGAGGCUGAUAACCCUCCAUUGUUAAUUAUGGAUGAACCUAAUCCCUCAAAUUUUUUAGAUAUAGUAAAAUCAAAAGAUAAUCAAUUUCUUUUCUAUUGUUCAAAUAAUAAGGCAUCAAACUUAGUAUAUUAUAUAAAUUUAGAAAAAGAAAAAAAUAUUACAGCAGAGUCACACAAAGUUAUGUUAUCAAGAGUUGAGGGUUUGGAAUACUACGCAGAACAUAAUAAUGACCAAUUUAUAAUAUUUGCUAAUGCAAAUAAAGGUGAUUUAAAUAUUUAUACAGCUAGGGAUACAAUUGAAAAUGGUGGAUUAAAUGAUUUAGAGUUAUUGGUAGCAUCAGAAAAUGGUUGUGUUAUAAGAGAUGUCGACAUGUAUCAAGAUUAUUUGGUCCUUUUAGAACAAAAUUACUUAACACCAAGAAUUCGAAUUAUAAAUAAGAAUCAUCAAACUGGUCAUUUUGAUCCUACCAACGAAAAAAUUGUAAAGUUCCCACAAGAAAUUAUUCAAAUUUCAUUAGGUGUAAAUAUUAAUUAUAAUGCAGAUGAUGAAUUUUCAUUGACCUAUACAACCCCUGUCGAAAAUGUCACCCCAGCCAAAGUAUCCUUACAGGAUGGCAGUAUAACAAUCCUUCCAGGUUCAAAAGAAAGAGGCCCAUUGGUUUUAAAUCCUAGUAAUUAUGUUACCAAAAUUCUAUGGGUUCCUUCAAAAUCAGAUCCAUCAAUUAAAAUACCACUUUCGAUUGCAUAUCACAAAGAUUUGAAGUUAGAUGGAAAGAACCCAUGCAUUCUUCAUGGAUAUGGAUCAUAUGGUAAUAUUAACGAAUUAACCCAUAGUUUAGAGGAUAUAUUCUUUUUAAAUGGCGGAAUGAUUGUUGCUAAAGCUCAUGUUAGAGGUGGGGGUGAAUUGGGCAGAGCAUGGUAUAAAGAUGGUAAACUUUUAAAUAAAAAGAACUCAUUCAAAGAUUAUAUAGAUUGUGUCGAAUAUCUAUUUGAACAUGGUUAUACCAGUCCAGAGUAUUUAAUUGGUAAAGGGUCAAGUGCAGGCGGUUUAUUAAUGUGUAAUGUAUCAUUAACACAUCCACAUUACUUUAGUGCAAUCAUAUCAAGAGUACCAUUUGUAGAUAUUAUAACCGCAAUGAUGGACGAAGAGUUACCGUUAACAAUUCACGAAUUUGAUGAAUGGGGCAACGUUAAUAAAGAUAAAGAAGCUUUCGAAUAUAUUAAAGAAUAUGACCCAUACCUCUUAAUUGAUACUUUUGAUGUAUCAAAAUUCAAAUCCUUCCCAGAUCUUUACGUUACUGGUUCAUCAUCCGAUUUUCGUGUUCCAUUUUGGCAACCAUUAAAAUGGGUUGCUAAACUAAGAAAUUAUUUUAAUAAUUAUAACAAUAACAAUAACAAUAAUAAUAAUAUCAAACCAUUAAUAUUUUUAAAUAUUGAUGAUGGAUCUGGUCAUUUUGGUCCCAAUGAUCGUGAUUCUUUAAUCAUCAAUUUUUCAAAAGAAAUUAGUUUUAUAUUUAAUUCAAUCAAAAAUUCAAUUAAAAGAAAAGAAAUCAAUGAUAAAUUAAACUUUAAAAAUAAAUAA